AUGGGGAAUGCAGAAUGUCGACAAAAUACUGGGAGGAGUUGUUCUGAAGACGACUCCCCUGCCCUUUCUUUUGAUGAGAAUUUUCCAAAUUAUAACGAAACUACAAUUAAUAGAGGAACUAUUGUCAGUCCUAAACCUCAGUUGAAGUUCCAUUCAAUUUGUGGUACCAACAUAAUUUUACUUCGAGAUGGAAGGGUUGCUAAACGACGGGAAUCGUUCUGCAAAGGUUUAGCCUUCAGUAAUAGACCCAUUGGUAUUGGAGAAAUUGUGUGUAUUCGUUUAUGUGAAGUUGGGAAUAAUUGGUCGGGGGUUAUGAGGUUUGGUGUGACGAACGUUGAUCCUGCGAGCUUCCGUGACAUUGAACUUCCAAAGUUAUUUGCCUGCCCCGAUUUAACUUCAAAAGGCGGUUAUUGGGCUAAAUCACUUGCUGAGAGAUUCUCUGUCCAAGGCUUAAUUCUCCAUUUUUUCAUUAAUGACAGUGGAGAAAUGCAUUAUGGAGUAAAUGGAGUCCAUAAAGGACUUUUCUUGAGUGGAAUAAAUGUAAAUUCUCCAUUGUGGACAAUUGUUGAUAUUUAUGGAAAUUCUGUAGCUGUUGAAUUUGUCCACCUUGAACGGAGAGCACUUCUCCCUUCUUCUCCUACACCUCUCCAUGCUUGCUGUUCACUUACUUCACCAACUUCUAAUCCUGUAAAUUCAUCAAAUACAGAGGCAAUGACAAGUUCGAGAUCAACACAAAAUUUGAGAAAUGUGGGAAAUUCAACGACUUCUCGUUCUACUGCUUCUAGUACACCGCCAACAAAUAAUAAUAAUAAUAAUAGAGAUGCAAGACUUCGUUUUCAUUCUAUUAAAGGCAACAAUGUUGUUAUACAAAAUAAUGGUACAACUGCAGUAAGAAAACAUGGAGAAUAUUAUUUGGGUUAUGUCUUCACUGAGCGCCCUAUUCGAAUUGGAGAAAAAAUUGUUAUUUUGGUCAGUAUGACAGAAGAUGCUUUUUCUGGCAGUUUAGCUUUUGGAUUAACUAGCUGCGAUCCUGACCAAGUCCCCGCUUCUCGUCUUCCUGCCGAUAGCGAUGAAUUACUCGAACGCCCUGAAUAUUGGGUUUGUAUUAAGGACGUUGGGGCAAGUCCUCAAGUUGGUACUACACUUAAUUUUAAAGUGGAUUGUACAGGCCGUGUUCUUUUCUCCAAAAAUGACGCUCCUUUUAGAGUGAUAAUGCAUGUUGAUGUAAGUAUUCCACUUUGGGCAUUUUUUGAUCUCUAUGGAAGCACAAGAAAAAUUCAAAUAUUGGAUCUCGAUCAACCUUUAAGUCCAGCAGAGUAUAUAGCAAUGCGAGGGCAUCGUGCUUCAUCAGAAGGUGCAGCUUCUGCUCAUGGUGAUUCUAAUGACACUUCUUUAUACAUUUCACCUACAACUCGUUUAAGUAGACCGUCUUCUGCUCAAUGGAAUAUGGAAUCUCUACGUGUAGCACUUCCUGAGCCCUUAAGCAUUACUCCACCUACCCAAUCAACAGCAGCUUCAACGACCACAAAUUCAACAUCAGCCUUAUCAGAAACUACAACAUCUGUCCCAUCAUUUUCAGCUCCCUCCUAUUCUUUACACGAACCUAGAGAUUUAACUAAUUUACGUGUAGCCAACACUUUACGGCGUCUUAAUCAACAACAAGCUGAUUUAUUAGCAGAAGCAAAUUCUUCAAUAAAUUUAGCUUCAACAGCAACAACAACGACAUCAGCAGCAGCAAUUUCUUCAACAAAUUCCCCCUCAGCCUAUUCAACUCCUUUAUUUUCAUCCCCAUACACUUCAACAUUAUUAGGAGGAGGAGGAAAUAAUUCUACUAAUAAUUCUGAAUCUUCAUCUCAAGCAGUAAAUGAUUUUAUCAACAAUUAUAGACAAAUACAAAGGGAAAGAAUGCAAAAUCAUUCACGUUCACCUGUUAGACCAAUUAAUAAUCAAAGAGGGAAUAAUCACAAUAAUGCUGCAGCUAAUUUAUUUGAAUUUCCUAAUGCUCCAACAACUACUAAUUCGGGUGCUUCAAUUACGGUUCCAUUACUUCCUGCCCCACUUUUUUCUUCUUUAAACGUUCCAUCCAACGAACAACAAAAUUUAAGAAAUAGAGCAGCUGAAUUUGAAGCAGCAUUGUCUUCAAGUUUAUCAAGCGAUCAUUCACCAAAUCGACGGCCUUUUAUGGAAGGAAAUCGUCAAAGUAGUGGUGAAGGUGGAACAACAACAAUAAAUUCUGUAAAUAAUAAUAAUAAUGAUGCGGAUGCUGCAAUACAACUUGAAGAUGGGGAUCGUAAUAAUGAAUGUACAAUUUGUAUGACAAAUCGUGUUAAUGCGGUUAUUUAUCGAUGCGGGCAUAUGUGCAUGUGCUUUCCCUGUGCUAAAGAAACACAUCGUCGUUCUGGAGAUUGCCCUAUCUGUCGCACUCCUAUAAUUGAUGUAAUUCGUUGCUAUCCAGUUUAA